UUUUGGCUUGCGGAUAAAUGCUGGGGUCAAAUGUUAAAAGAAGCAAAAGUUGGGGGUGGUGAUACAAAAUUUGUUUUUCCAGGCUGUAAUUUUCUUACAGGCUCUUUCGUCGACGAACCACUUCCAGAAGCGAUUCAAAUUUCACAAAAUAAAGUCUUCUUCCUCUUCGAAUCAGAGAUUUUCUCCUUCUUUAGCUCAGAUCUGGGAGCUUCUGGUGAUAGAUUUGGAAGAAGAUGACUGUGAUCGAUAUUCUGACUAGAGUUGACUCGAUCUGUAAGAAGUACGACAAGUACGAUGUCGACAAACAGCGGGAGGCCAAUAUCUCCGGCGAUGAUGCCUUUGCUCGUCUCUAUGGAGCUUUCGAAACCCAAAUCGAGACCGCUCUCGAGAAAGCUGAACUUGUUACCAAGGAGAAAAAUAGGGCUGCUGCUGUUGCAAUGAAUGCUGAGAUCCGGCGGACCAAGGCUCGAUUGUCAGAGGAAGUUCCCAAGUUGCAGAGACUUGCUGUCAAGCGGGUUAAGGGCCUUACAACCGAAGAGCUUGCUGCGAGAAAUGAUUUGGUGCUCGCUCUUCCAGCCAGGAUUGAAGCCAUACCUGAUGGGACAGCAGGUGGCCCUAAAAACACUAGUGGUUGGACUCCCUCCUCAACAACAUCUCGUCCUGAUAUCAAAUUUGAUUCAGAUGGGCGUUUUGAUGAUGAUUACUUUCAAGAAUCACAUGAAUCUAGCCAAUUCAGACAGGAGUAUGAGAUGCGGAAAAUAAAACAGGAACAAGGUCUUGACAUGAUCUCCGAAGGGUUAGAUGCUUUGAAGAACAUGGCGUCUGAUAUGAACGAGGAACUGGAUAGACAAGUUCCACUGAUGGAUGAAAUCGACACAAAGGUGGACAGAGCAACCUCGGAUCUUAAGAACACCAAUGUCAGACUUAAAGAUACCGUGAACCAGCUGAGAUCAAGCCGGAACUUCUGUAUCGAUAUUGUUUUGUUGUGUAUUGUUCUGGGUAUCGCUGCAUACUUAUACAAUGUACUGAAGUAAUGAGAUGAACACGGCGAAAGGACCCAGUAGUACUUAUCACCCGAGUCAGUGUCCAGUGUGUGCUUGUGUCUUACUUUUCUUCUCUGAUAUUUCUGCGAGAGUUUCUUCUUAAUGUCAAGAAUAUUGAAGUAUGUUCUUCCUGUAUCGACUUUUCUCCAUGUUGUUCGUUUGCAUAUAUUCAUCUUUGUCAAAGUGUGCAUCAAACUAAUUGUUUGCUGUGUCUGCUGCAGUGUGAUAUUAUUUUCCAGGUAAAAUAUGAUUUUUAAUUUUUAAAAA